GAGCUCUACCUUGUGGGGCCGCCCCUUCCUCUAGCUCUUCCCUGUUCUUCGAGCCUCCUCGGUAUUUGCUUCCCCCUCCAACCUCCUCCCCUCGGAUACGGCCGCCCACAAGCGCGGCGCGGGCCAAUCGGCGUCCCGGAGGGAUCCCCAGGGGUCGGCGGAAAGCGGAUUCCCGCAGAACUCCCGCCGGAGGUUCCCUGUCGCGAUGGGCCGAGGGAAGGUGUUGGGUCUGGCCGCGAGCGACGUCCGCUUCCCCACGUCCCUGGCCCGCCAUGGCUCAGACGCGAUGCACCCCGACCCAGAUUAUUCUGCAGUUUAUGUUGUAAUAGAAACAGAUGCUCCUGACGGGCUCAAAGGUUAUGGAUUAACCUUUACGCUGGGCAAAGGGACAGAAGUGGUUGUCUGUGCAGUCAAUGCACUCUCUGCUCAUGUGGUCAAUAAAGACUUGGAUGAAAUAAUUGGUGAUUUUCGAGGUUUCUACCGGCAGCUCACCAGUGAUGGGCAGCUCCGAUGGAUUGGUCCUGAGAAAGGAGCUGUGCAUUUAGCCACAGCUGCUAUUCUGAAUGCGGUCUGGGACUUGUGGGCCAAACAGGAAGGGAAGCCACUCUGGAAACUGCUUGUUGACAUGGAUCCUAAACAGUUGUUAUCUUGCAUAGAUUUCAGAUAUAUUACGGAUGCCCUGACAGAAGAAGAAGCUCUCACAAUCCUUCAAAGUGGCCUAGUGGGGAAAAAACAAAGAGAAGAACAAAUGUUGGAACACGGCUACCCAGCUUAUACCACAUCGUGUGCUUGGCUAGGCUAUCCAGACCAACAGCUGAAACAGCUGUGUACUGAAGCGCUGAAGGAUGGUUGGACCAGGUUCAAAGUAAAAGUUGGAGCGGAUCUCCAGGAUGACAUUCGAAGAUGCAGACUUGUUAGAGAAAUGAUUGGUCCUGAAAAUACACUGAUGCUGGAUGCUAACCAAAGAUGGGAAGUGAAAGAAGCCAUAGAAUGGGUCACAAAACUAGCUGAAUUCAAACCACUGUGGAUCGAGGAACCAACUUCCCCCGACGAUAUUCUUGGGCACGCAACUAUUGCAAAGGCUUUAGCGCCAUUAGGGAUUGGUGUUGCAACAGGAGAACAAUGUCAUAACAGAGUGAUGUUUAAGCAGCUCCUGCAGGCUCAGGCCUUGAGUUAUGUCCAGGUGGAUAGCUGCAGGUUGGGCAGUGUCAAUGAAAACUUGUCUGUGCUGCUGAUGGCCAAGAAAUUUCAAGUCCCUGUGUGUCCUCAUGCUGGAGGGGUUGGGCUCUGUGAGCUGGUACAGCACUUGAUAAUAUUUGACUACAUUUCAAUAUCUGGUAGCCUUGAGAACAGACAGCUGGAUAUUCCACUGAAAUGAAAGAAGAUUCUGCAAGGAAAUACCAGUUUCCACAAGGAGAAGUCUGGCAGAAGCUCCUCUGUGAACAUAAAAUACAGCUAAAAUAAGCUUAAACACUGAAAGUUUUCAGGGUGAGGUUUAAGCUCCCCAGAGCUAUAUUUACCACGACAAAUGGUUGGUUUUGCUGAAGCUUCAAGAAGAUUUCGGAUUCAAAUUAAUGCUUUUAGAACAAUUUCCUCCACUUACAUAACAAGAAUAGGUUGCAGCCCCAAUUACAGAACUCCUGAUCACUUUAAGGAAAAAUAAGAGCCUUUUAAAUAGUUAAGCUGAAAGGGUACAUGAUUCAUUUUUCCUGACACUGUUCCAGGAACUACAGUAUUAUAUAAUGCAAGAUUGCACUUUGAAUGUGCAUCUGCUGAGUUUAGAAGUUUCAAUAAAGAAACUGUGACUAGACGCUGUGUUUUGUUCUGUCAUAUAUACUAAGGAUGUUUUCAGGCAUGUCAGAGGUGGGGGUAGUGGUGUAUAGGGCAUAGCAUACAUACAAAAUUACUCAAAGGAGGGAGAGGCUGCUGCUUUCACCUUCUGCCAUAACUACAAUGGAAGGAGACACUGGAAGUUAUCACUACACUUUACUAGGAACUACAGAAGUCUUCCCAAUGAAAUAUCAUUUCUAUUUGAUAGCCUAUAAUGUGGGGGAAGGGCUUGGCAUAUUAUUGUUAUUAUUUUUCAAUUUCCAAUUUUUCUAUAUUUUACACAGUAUCCCCUUCCCUUUUACUACCUUGUAGGUAAACUUGAAACAUAUGUAAAUUAUGGUAACACAAUACAGGUGAUACACAUAUAUUUCUUUAGUACG